AGGAGGGCGGGACUGGUGUGGCUGGCACUACUGGUUACAUUCACAAGCCUUAGCCUGGAGUGAUUCGGUCUGUCCGAAGCCUGCCUCUAAAAGUGGUCUGAGUUGAUCGUAGUCUGAGCAAUGUCUGCAAAAGCACUGACAAAAGGAAGUCCCGCCCCAGGCCCUGUGCCUGCGGGAGUGGUUCGUGUGUACAGCAUGAGAUUUUGUCCAUUUGCUCAACGUACUCGCCUGGUCCUGGAAGCCAAGGGAAUCAAGUAUGAAGCAAUCAAUAUCAACCUGGUGAACAAGCCUGACUGGUUCUUUGAGAAGAAUCCUCUUGGUUUGGUGCCAGUGUUGGAGACCUGCCAGAAUGAGCUGGUUUAUGACUCUCCAAUCACCUGCGAGUUUCUGGAUGACAAGUACCCAGCGAAACGGCUCCUGCCCACAGAUCCCUACGAGAAGGCCAAACAGAAGAUGUUGUUGGAACAUUUCAGUAAGAUGGUGAGUUACAUGUACAAGAUUUCGUUGGAAAAGACUAAAUCCAUGGAUACUUCUAAAAUGGAGGAGGAAUUCCAAGUUCAGCUCAGGAACUUCGAGAAGAAGUUAGCUGGGUUAAAGACUCGUUUCUUUGGUGGUGACACAGUGACAAUGAUUGACUACUUGAUGUGGCCCUGGUUUGAGCGGAUGGAAGCCUUAUCAUUGAAUAAGUUGCUGGAACAAACACCUAAACUCAAACAAUGGAUGCAACUCAUGGAGCAAGAUCCUGCUGCCAAGGCAACUGCCCAUAGCACCGAAGCCUAUCGAGGUUUCUAUGAGCUGUAUUUCAAGGGUAACCCUGAGGCAUGUGACUACCUCCUCUGAGCACAGGUUCCCCCCUGCCAACUUUGCCAGGACUGAGCCGAACAGUCCCUUCACAGCACAUUCCCCAAACACCACACAGUACGUCAGAGUUCUGAUGUAAAACUGACCCAGGAGUCAGUCACAUUGACUGUCUCCUUUCCCCAUGAUGCAAUCUAAUUUUGGAUUAAUUCUGGAGAUAAUGAGAAAUAAAACCUGCAAAUGCUGGAAGACAGAAUUAGAAACAGGAAUGCGGAACCAUUACCAAGGCCUGGAGGAGAAUAAACACACAGUUAAUGGGUCUUCACCUGGUCUCUGAACUCCCUCAGUCCCUCUCAACGUUAAUGGAGGCAUGGGCAGAUAUCUGGGACUGCUGUCUGAGACAGCGCCAUCUGGGACCGCUGUCUGAGACAGCGCCAUCUGGGACUGCUGUCUGAGGCUGUGCCCAUCUGGGACUGCUGUCUGAGACUGUGCCGUCUGGGACUGCUGUCUGAGGUUGUGCCCAUCUGGGACUGCUGUCUGAGGCCGUGCCGUCUGGGACUGCUGCCUGAUGCCGGGCCGUCUGGGACUGCUGUCUGAGACCGUGCUGUCUGAGACUGCUAUCUAAGGCCAUGCCGUCUGGGACUGCUGUCUGAGGCCAUGCCAUCUGGGACUGUUGUCUGAGGAUGUUUCAUUUGUACAUGCUGUCUGGAGCUGCGCUGUCUGGGAUGUUGCUGUUUCCCUGAUGGAGGGUGUCUUGUUUUCUAGGUGACCUGAGCAAUGGGGUAAAUUCAGUUGCAGCUCAUUAAGAGUCCACACAGCCUUUACUGGCUGCUGAAUUAGCAAACUCAGAUUUGAGAAAAGUUUAUUUUGGCUGCAUGUCUGUUGUUUGUGAGCAGGUCCUGAUAGAUCUACAAGCCAGAAAUAUUCAGCAAAUCCCCUUGGAGAUUUUUUUAUCUAAAUAUCUUGCUGCUUGUGUUUGAAAGUUAUAAUAUUUACCCGCCUGUUUAGCUGCUGGGAGCACUCUGGAACAGCAGGGAUAUUUGUCUCUGCCACAUUAAUAUCUUUCAACAUAAUUACUCAUCCUCCUUCUCCCAAAUGAUUAUAAACCCUCUGACAGUCACCAGAACUGUCUCCCAAGUCAACAACACAAAUAUUCCGGCUUCCUUUCUACCCGAGAGCCAUUCUAGUCAAUCUCUUUGGUACUCUCUCCAAAGCCUUCACAUCCAUCCUAAAGUGUGGAAGCCCAGUAUUGGACACAUUAAUCCAGGCUGCAGCUGACCCAGUGUUUCAUAAAGAUUUAACAUAACUGUAUAUUGUGGUGGUUCUUUCCUACAACAACACUAAGUGUAGCAGCUCAUUUUAUUAUCAAUGUGGUCUCAGUGUGGCUAAUAACCCCUGGCCUAGGGCCCACGGCAGACAGGAGCACAGUGGAGCUGCACUCUGUCUGAAAGUCUGCGAAGCUGGACUUUCUUUUCCAUUCGAACACAGGCCCUAUUCUCUCAGUCAUUCCUCCACUGAUAACGUAUUCAACAUUUCCUGUUCACACCUCAUCCCAGUGGCUUCUGUUCCUGAUUCGGAUUUCCAGUUUCCUAAUCAACCCCCUGUUCUGUUCUGAACCUGCUUCACACUCGAAGCCACUGAGCUGUGUUGGUUCUGUCAUCUUUAGCUAUCUCAACGCUGUCUAAACUGAUCACACCUGGUUCAGACAGACCCCCAGAUUGUGGAAGGGCCGAAUGAGCCACUUGGUGAAGUUGGUGAACCUUUGGCAUCUGAUGUCACUGCUGUCGAUAUCUUAAUGGAAAAUACAGACAGAUUAAAAGAGGAGAUUGCAAA